UAUAGCACCGGCCUAUACCGUUUCUCCACGUCUCCAGGCACCGCCCCCCACAUCCUGUCACCCCCAAAGAUGCACCUGCCCUCAUUAGGGGGCGGGGCUUCUGGCGGACCCAAUGGGUUGCAGGCGUCCCCUGGCCCAUCGCUCAAAAAGGUCACAGACGAGGCGCCCCUGUCCAUGCUUCCCCGGCCGGCUGCCCGUCGCCAUGGCCCUCAGCCAGCAGCACUUGGCACGCGCCUCUACUCUGGAGCAGCUGCGUGACAAGCUGGAGACCGGUGACGGGCCGGAGCGCAAGAUGGUGCGGCUGGCGGAGGAGCAGCAGCGGCUCAUGCAGCAGGCGCUGCAGCACAACCUGCUGGCCAUGGCGUCGCAGGUGCCCAUGGGGCUGCAGCUCAGCGCCACCAGCCGUGAAGACAAGCAGGACCUGGCGCUGAGCAUCACCUCCACCGGAGCUGCCAGCAUCAGUGUGUCUGUGGAGGUCAAUGGCACGCUUUACUCCGGAAUGCUGUUUGCCCAGAGGUCUGCGGCAGCUAUGAACACAUCAGCAGCAGCAGCGCCCCCUGCUGGUCCUGCCGGGGCUUUCGGAAUCCUCUCCUCUGCUCACAGCCCCAGCCUCUCCUCUGCAUCCUCCUCCUCCUCCAAGGGGCCCAGUUCUGCUGAGCCCUCUGCUAGUGGUUCUCCGUAGCUACGGGCAGCCCGGUCAGCUGACCCUUGGCUGAGGUACAGCGCCACCCAGCUGGGAAGCCACGCAUUUCUCUAAAUGAUCAACUGAAUUUAUGGGAUCGGAACUGUUGCACAACAAAUACCUCAUUGCCCCUGUCAGCAUAGUCUUGGCCGUACCUCUGGACAUCAGGCACUAUACUUGCUUGCAUACACCAACAAAGAAUCAAACACACAGAUACUCCACACACACACGUACGCAAGACACUCUAAAAAGCUCACUACAGCUGAAAGUAAACACUCACUGUACAGCCAAAAUUGACGACAGGUACUCAUAACUUGAAGUUUUAUUUAGUUUUGCCAUUUAUUUCCUUUGAAUAUACUAUUUUAACACACGUUUGUCCGCUUUACCUCAAAUAAGAGUGUUUUAAUCUAAUACUCCUUCUAUACUAUACCUCAGGGACAGUGAUACACCUGUGUUUAAAUAACAGGGUUACUUUUAUAUUUAAUUACUCUUAUAUCAGCAAAAUAUAAUCCUUGGCCAGUACCGUACAGAAUAAUGGCUCAGGACUUUUUAACCUUGAAACAAAGGGACUCUGACUGAGAGUGGUUGUUUAAUUAUAUAAUUGAAAAUGGGUCUUUGCUCUUUACGCUCUGCCCUUCAUCUACCCCUUAAGUGCUCAUAAUCUCUAAGCAGAAGCACCGAUGCUUCCAGUUGUAGAGUUUAGUCAGGUAGAGCCCCUAAUUUCUCAGUUGUCCUAGUGUUUCGAGAACCUCUAAUGAAGAAGAACUGGUGUGAAUCUGCAGGCAGUGCUCUAGGUAGCUGUGUUAUGAAAAGCUCUGCUCACUGGAGUUUCAAGAUGCAGUACCGUACUGCACCUAAUAUAAGCUCCCUGUCAGCGAUUACUGGGGAAAUACUAAUGAAUCUUGUCAGUGCUGUUUUAAAGGAACAGAAAGCUUCACGUUUAGUCAGAUGUUUUACACAAACAUACCAAAUCACCGUGGAAUGCCAGGUUGACAAGGGCCUAGUAGGAAGGGUUAGACACCCGUCCAUAUGAUGUCAUGCCCGUUUAACCUUCCUUGCAUCCAUCCAUCCAUCUGUCCCUUCCUGUAGCGUCUGUCAAUCAUCAUGAAUAGGGUGGAGGAAUGCCUAAAAUGGUGCCAAUGCGUUUUUACGCCGCGUAUAAGAAAUGUGAGGAAAAACAUCUCAGUCAAAGUAUCUCAAGUUCAAGACAGGAUCUUCGUCUCGUGGUGGGACCAGGGAUUUGUGUGUGUGACCGUUUAUACAUUUCUGACCUCAGGUUUGCCUUUCCAUAUUGGUAAAGGUGGUGUCUCAGGAAUUACCGACCUGUCUCCAUGGACUCACUGUUUUCAGGGAAAAAAAAAAGAUUUUUAAAAAAAUAAUGCACAGCUGGAUAAGACCAUGCAAAGAAAUACCUCUGGCAGUCUGACACAUCGCUUCUGCUGACUAUCCUGGACAUUUGAAAGACCAGCAGCGGACAUGUUCCUCAGGAAUGUGCCCCUAUCAAUGUGAGAUGUUACACAAAUGAAACGUCUGGUUCUGCAGCAGCCUGGUGGAGCUCAAUCCUCCACUUUUUGAUGUCAUCUUCAGACUAUUGUGUAACUGAAUACCAAAGACCAGUCCAUUUAAAAAAAAAAAAGUUUUAUCCCUGGGGUCUGCUGCCCGCCCCCCCACCCUGCAUGAUAUCACUUGGUGUCAUCGUUUGGGACAAUGCAGUUUAUGCAGAUGCAGUGGACUUAAAGCUCGACGUUAUGCAGUAGCUCAGCUUGCUGCCUUGCAUGGUCAAUUUUUUUUUUCUCAGUGUUUCCCUUCUGGUGUCAUUUGAUGUCAGUGUGCAUUUUAUUAGCUGUUAUAAUUUUGUGUGUGUGUGUUGUAGUUUUGUGCAGCUGUGUGGUUUUCCGGAGUUGGUGCUUAGCAUGACUGGGGGGGGGGGGGGUUCUGCCCCUAGUGUUUGGACAGAUGGUUCCCACUGAGCACAUCAAACUGCCGAGAGGCUACAUUUUGCAAACCCGAUAAGGCUGCUGCUCUUUCUCUGGUGAUGCUGUUACUCAGAGUCGUAUUUACUGAACUGGCCUGUAACCUCCACAUGCAGGUCAGCAAGAUGCUAAGUAAGGCUGAGUGUGUGUCUGUAGUUUUCACCUGUUGAGAUUCAUUCAGCAUAAAGUAGGUUUCAGGAUGACAUAGACCCACCUCGCUGGGCUUGAAUGUCGCAAAAGUAUUGCCGUGUGUGUGCUUGUGUAGUAUCCCGCUUUUUUUUUGUCUCUCUCAAUAAUGGAGAGAACUGACCUGCCCACCUACCUCAGUACAGAAAACUGGAGUUAUUGUUUUUAGGGACAAUAUGGCCAUUUUGUGGGUUAUAGUUAAAUGAAGUUGUUCCGUGGGCAGUGUACUACAAGGAGAGCCGCACCGUCUCUAGGAAAGACAAUGGUACCGCCAUGGCUAAUUAUAUGGGUAUGUGUUCUCUUGCUUUCUGUGUUUCUUCUUGGUAAGGCGAUAUUGCUCAGGUAACCAUGAUGGUAACAUUCUGCAAACGUUUUCUACAUGGUUUGCUUGGAUUUUAUAAUUUUUUUUUAAAGGUAAAUAUACCAUGAUAUAUGUAUAGCAGUUACAUAUGCAAAUGCUUGAAUACCUCACCGAAUACCUCAUAUCAAACAUUUCAUAUGUGCGACGCUCCAGUGAAAAGUCUGGAGUUGGUGCAUGUGUCUCUCUUUAUCAUUAUUACUAUCUCUGUAAUAAGCCAAAUAACAAACACACAUGGAUGCUUGUGAAACUGGUUUGUGCCGAUUUGUAAAGUGUAUUUAAAAGUGCAGCACUUUCCCCAAAGGUUAUUUUUUAACACACUCAGUUUUGUUCACAUUACUAAUGUGAGGACGUCAUUCUCAGGGCUUAACAUGUAUGUCAUAAAGUAACUUUUUAUCUUA